AUGGCGACAGGGCAGAUCGAUUUUUCUCUCUCUCAGCUGUCGCUGCACUCUUCUGGCUCCACCAGCGAGGCGGAGGACUGGGACCGCUCAAUGAAUCUGCAGUCCGAGCCGGAGCUUCAAUCACAGACGCCACGAAAUUCGGUAGCUUUCCCUGGAGGGAUAGGAGGAGCAGAGAGUGAACACACAGCAGGACAUGGCCGGAGUGUGAGAGGAAACUCGAAGAGAACGUUAAGCGAGCUACUCAAGCUACAUGCAGAGAAGGGGAGGGACGUAACGUUCAGUGCUGAAGAAGCUGGUCGAAUAGCAGAGGUACUCGGCCGAUGGAUUAAUUCAGGCUCCUCACCAUAUGAGACCGACGACGACUUCUUCUCGCGCUCUCAGGAUGACUCAGUGUUGUCUUCCAGACGAUCUCCUGCAAUUGACUCUCCAGGUCGACCACGAGGCCAAAGCGAGAGUGUUGUGAACACCGCCUCAUAA